ACUUUUGAUGACGCGGUAGAAGAGCGCGUAAUAAAUGAAGAGUACAAGAUCUGGAAAAAGAACACUCCAUUUUUGUACGACCUUGUGAUGACCCACGCUCUAGAAUGGCCAUCGCUGACAGCCCAGUGGCUGCCAGACGUAACCCGUCCAGACAGUAAAGACUACUCGAUCCACCGACUGAUCCUGGGGACCCACACCUCCGACGAGCAGAACCACCUCCUGAUAGCCAGCGUCCAGCUCCCGAACGAGGACGCCCAGUUCGACGCCUCCCACUACGACAAUGAGAAGGGAGAGUUUGGAGGCUUCGGCUCCGUCAGCGGAAAGAUUGAGAUCGAGAUUAAGAUCAACCACGAGGGUGAGGUCAACCGGGCCCGUGCCUCCGACGACCACACGAUCUGCUUGUGGGACAUAAACGCGACCCCGAAGGAGAACCGAGUGAUCGACGCAAAGACAAUUUUCACGGGGCACACCGCGGUAGUAGAAGACGUCGCCUGGCACCUUUUGCACGAGUCUUUGUUCGGGUCGGUCGCGGACGACCAGAAGUUGAUGAUCUGGGACACCAGGUGCAACAACACCAGCAAGCCCAGCCACACUGUGGACGCUCACACCGCGGAGGUCAACUGUCUCAGCUUCAACCCCUACUCCGAGUUCAUUCUGGCUACCGGAAGCGCUGACAAAACUGUCGCCCUCUGGGAUCUCAGGAAUUUGAAGCUCAAGCUUCACUCCUUCGAGUCGCACAAGGACGAGAUUUUCCAGGUUCAAUGGUCCCCGCAUAAUGAGACUAUUCUUGCUAGCAGUGGCACCGACAGGCGUCUACAUGUUUGGGAUCUUAGCAAAAUUGGCGAGGAACAGUCCAGUGAAGAUGCUGAGGACGGUCCUCCGGAGCUAUUGUUCAUUCACGGUGGACACACUGCUAAAAUAAGCGAUUUCUCAUGGAACCCCAACGAACCUUGGGUAAUCUGUUCAGUGUCCGAGGACAAUAUCAUGCAGGUCUGGCAAAUGGCCGAAAACAUUUACAACGACGAGGAACCGGACACACCCGCCAGCGAGUUAGAAACCGGGGCAUCUUAA